UCUGCACUGCAGAAUAACUUCUUCAUCAGCAGCCUCAUGGAGGCCAUGCAGCAGGCACCUGAUGGGGCCCACGACCCAGAGGACCCCCAUCCCCUCAGUGCAGUGGCUGGCCGCCCCCUCUCCUGCCCCAACCAUGAAGGCAAGACGAUGGAGUUUUACUGUGAGGCCUGUGAGACGGCCAUGUGCGGAGAGUGCCGCGCAGGGGAGCACCGGGAGCACGGCACGGUGCUGCUGCGGGAUGUGGUGGAGCAGCACAAGGCCGCCCUGCAGCGCCAGCUGGAGGCAGUGCGCGGCCGGCUGCCACAGCUGUCCGCAGCGAUCGCCUUAGUGGGGGGCAUCAGCCAGCAGCUGCAGGAGCGCAAGGCAGAGGCCCUGGCCCAGAUCAGCGCAGCCUUCGAGGACUUGGAGCAAGCGCUGCAGCAGCGCAAGCAGGCGCUGGUGGCCAUCGAUUUUGCGCAGCUGGAACUGGUCCUGGAGGUCGAUGUUCUGCGGCGAUCGGUGCUCAAUCUGGGUGCACUGCUCACAACGAGUGCCACCGUACACGAUACGCUGGUCACGGGCGAAGGUUGCCCCAGGCGCUGGUGGGCCAGACCGCUCUUCACGGUCACUACCAAAGACAAAGAUGGGCGGCUGGUGCGCACCGGCAGCGCCGAGCUGCGGGCGGAGCUCACUGCCCCCGACGGCACGCUGCCGGUGCCAGUGGUGGACCACAAGAACGGCACGUAUGAGCUGGUCUACACGGCGCGCUCCGAGGGCGAGCUGCUCCUCUCCGUGCUGCUCUAUGGCCAGCCGGUGCGCGGUAGCCCCUUCCGCGUGCGAGCCCUGCGACCUGGAGACCUACCACCUUCCUCGGACGACGUCAAGCGCCGCGUUAAGUCCCCUGGUGGCCCGGGCAGCCAUGUGCGCCAGAAGGCGGUGCGGAGGCCCAACUCCAUGUACAGCACCAGCGGCAAACGGAAGGACAACCCCAUUGAGGAUGAGCUCGUGUUCCGUGUCGGCAGUCGUGGAAGGGAGAAAGGCGAAUUUACCAACCUACAGGGUGUGUCCGCAGCUAGCAGUGGCCGCAUAGUGGUAGCAGACAGCAACAACCAAUGUAUCCAGGUUUUCUCCAAUGAAGGCCAGUUCAAGUUCCGCUUCGGGGUCCGAGGGCGCUCGCCUGGACAGCUGCAACGACCCACAGGUGUGGCAGUGGACACCAAUGGAGACAUUAUCGUUGCAGACUAUGACAACCGUUGGGUCAGCAUCUUCUCCCCUGAGGGCAAGUUCAAGACCAAGAUUGGAGCUGGCCGCCUCAUGGGCCCCAAGGGGGUGGCUGUAGACCGUAACGGACAUAUCAUUGUGGUCGACAACAAGUCUUGCUGUGUCUUCACCUUCCAACCCAAUGGAAAGCUGGUUGGCCGUUUUGGGGGCCGUGGAGCCACUGACCGUCACUUCGCAGGGCCCCAUUUUGUGGCUGUGAACAACAAGAAUGAGAUUGUAGUGACGGAUUUCCAUAACCAUUCAGUAAAGGUAUACAGUGCCGACGGAGAGUUCCUCUUCAAGUUCGGCUCCCAUGGUGAGGGCAACGGGCAGUUCAACGCUCCCACGGGAGUAGCUGUGGACUCCAAUGGGAACAUCAUCGUGGCUGACUGGGGCAACAGCCGCAUCCAGGUAUUCGACAGCUCUGGCUCCUUCCUGUCCUACAUCAACACAGCUGCAGAGCCACUGUAUGGCCCACAGGGCCUGGCCUUGACCUCGGACGGCCACGUGGUGGUGGCCGAUGCCGGCAACCACUGCUUCAAGGCCUAUCGCUACCUCCAGUAGCUGCACAGGGGCCCUGCCUGGCUCAUGGAGGGACGGACAUAGGGGUGAUUGUUCAGGAGUGUCUGGCCCACAGCUGGGCCAGACCUGGCAGCACUGAAUGUGGGCUGUGGGCGUGGGUGCGCCCAGUGCCCUCCCUCUCCCCUUCUCCCACCCCCACGGUUGCACUUUAUUUAUUCGGUUCUUGCUUUGGUGACUGGAUGGGCCUGGACUGUGGUUCUAAGGACGUGUGCAGAGCUUCACCCUCCCCCCUUUACACACCUCCCCCGUCCCCUCAGUCUGCUCCCAACCCCAGCCUGGGGCCAGAACAGCCUCUUACUCCAGGGCAGAAGUCCCUCUGGUUGUCUCCCUACCACCCAUACACACUGACAGAGACAGCAAUACCCCACCCCCAUAUUAAAUAAAUGUGUUCGCCACGUG